AUGCCUCCAGAGACCACCACCACCAACAACACUGCUGCUGCCACUGCUUCUGAUGAUGUAAACACUGGCUUCUGGAAGGAACUCGACUCAUGGAAGACACCCAUCGCUAAGCAAGUUGGCCCUCAAGUUCAAGUUGGAGCUAAAGCGCCGUGGUCUCGACGUCUUCGCCUACCGGAUGGAAAACCUACACUGGUAGUGUUCCUGCACAAGGUCCCGAGUGUGCACUGCAUCGCGGUUUCCCACUCAUCAGAAGAAGCUACCGACAGAUGGCUGCCUCAAGUUGGUGGCACCUGGAACAUUGACAUGGUCAUUGACGAGGAGCGAGAUCUAUACGCCAACUGGGGUUUAGGUAUCUCAUCGACAUGGCAUGCUGUGAACCCCUUCACAAUGUGGAAUGUCUUCAGCCUUGGGAAGAACGAGGGCAUCUGGAAUCGACCAACAGAGAGCGGUUCACGAUGGCAAACGAGCGGGGCUUUCGCCGUCGACCGCGAUGGGACUGUUCGCUGGGCGCAGGUGGCGAGAACAGCAGACGAUUUGCCUGAUCUCAAGGCGGCCAUGACCGCCCUCGGAUUUCCUCCUCCCGUGGACAAACGCCGUCCGAAGCAUGAUCACUAA